CCAGCUUUCUCUACCUUACAUAAUCACUUACCUACCAACCCACUUUUCCAGCGCGUCGCCGUCGCGAUCCCAUUCCUGCGACUAAAGCUAUUCGAGAUAUCCAUUGGCGCCAAUCGCAAAGCUCAUCAGGCCUCGCACAGGUCAAGCUGAACCCAAAGAAUCACCUCAAUUCAAACGCUCACCAAAAUGCCGCCCGCAAUAAGUGACGACGACAUGUCCGACGGCAGCAACGAGCUUGAUGUCGUGCCCAGGCGCGACAAGAAGGCCGCGCAGUUCGACGACGAAGAAGACGAGGAUGAAUUUAAGGGGGUCACCAACGGCGCCGGGGCAGAAGAGGAUGAGGAAGCGGAGGAGGAAGGGGACGAAGAGGAAUAUGUGGUGGAGAAGAUCUUGUCGCACAGGAUCGACGAAAACGACGGUAAAUUGCGGUUCGAAGUGAAGUGGGAAGGUUUCGAGAAGAAAGCCGACAGGACAUGGGAGCCGUUGGAGAACCUGCAGGGCUCGGCCGAUGAGAUACUCGAUGAAUACCUGCAAAAGCACGGCACUGUUGCAGAACUCUACGAAAGCUUUAGCAAGGCCACAAAGACCAAGAAGCGUGGCCGACCAUCGACCGGUGCCACUCCGGGCUCGACCAAGAAGACACGCAAGAACGGCGAUCAUCCCUUGGACUCGGAGCCGCCAGAGAGCCGGAAGGCUGUGGCAUGGAAGCCGCCGAGCGGCAGUUGGGAGGACCAGAUCGAUACGGUGGACAUGACGCGGAAUGAUAAGGGCGAGCUGAUAGUGUGGCUUGGUUGGAAGAAUGGCGAAAAGUCUCAGCACAAGGCCCAACAGGCUUAUACUCGGGCACCGCAGAAGAUGCUCAAGUUUUAUGAAUCCAAGAUCAACUUUACAAGUUCUUAGAACUUGCAAUUCUUUUGCAUUAGGUAAAAAUGUCAAUUUUUCCACAGUUAUAUCGGAACCAUUUCUUUACGGUAACCUUUCUAAGUUUGGGGCAGGGCGUUAAGGGAAUUUACCGCUAUCAAUCGAACAUGACUUCUAUUUGCCAGUGAAUUGAGUUAUGGGGAGGGGACUCUUGUUACUUUCUUCUUGUUUCUCCCUUCCAGACAACCCUACUAUUGAUGUUAAUGGGUAAGGUAGCAGAUGAUGGUUCGCGUAUCUACUUUACUUCUGACUUAUCGGUAUAUGACGC